AUGUCAGCCGGAGAGGCCGACUUCCUUCCAAAGGAGGAGGAGCAGGCCAGCGCAGACGCCCAAAAUGUGGGAGCAGACGCAGGUGCCCACGGUGGUGGUGAUACGGGUGGCAGCGGCGAUGACGACAGUUCAAGCCUCCAGAGGAAGAUCAACGAAGUUUUGGUGAACUCCAGAGAGUCACGGAAACAGAGCCCGGAGGAGCUGCAAGAGCAGCUCAAUGCGGCGUUCCACAACUCCAGAGAGUCGCGGAAAAGCCCGGAGGCUGCUUCGCAUGCUCCACUGUCUUCAGUGGUAGCGGAGCAUAAGCUCCAGGGCGCCAUGUCGAAUGUUGGCGCUGGUGUUCCGUCGUCGCACGGCAGUUUGGAUGAUGAGGCUCCAGCAGGUACGGGAGCUAAUCCAGUUGGUGAACAAGGACGUGAAGAGCCUACGUCUGACGGUUUUGACUCCGAUGAGUUUCGACAGUGGCUUCGAGAACGGGCACAACGUCGUGGCCGAGUUCGAGGCGAUGGUGAUCGCGAUCGACGUCGUCGUCGAGAUGAUCGCGACAGUGAUGACGAUGAUGAGAGUGUUGCCCGAACGGGCAAAGGUGGUGGCACUCAGCCGCCGGAAUGGGAUGGCGUUCAACCGUCAUUCCAAGACUGGUUGAUCAAAGCGAGGUUGUGGAUCGCUACAACCAGGGCUCGCCCGAAGACCCAAGGCCCACUGAUACUGCAACGGUUGUCAGGUCAGGCCUUCCAGGCCCUGAAACACCUUGCCAGGGAUGCUGCCUGGCUCCAGGAUGACCGAAACGGUCAUAGGCUGUUGGACCUCAUGGAUACGGCAGAGAUGUUCGGGGACGACAAGGAGGAAGACCUCUUGGCUUCGUUGUCGAAGCUGACGUACCACUUCAAGAGACACAAGGACGAAGAUCUCAGGGUGUUCUUCGCACGAUGGGAGGAAUCUCUUAGGAAGGUGCGUGAGCACUCUGUCGAUCUACCUGAUCGCUACUUGGGCUUCCUCCUCAUCAACGCCUUGGCGCUGACGGACCAGGACAUCAAGAACCUUCUGAGCUUUACGAAGGGCUCGAUUCUGCCGAAUGAGAUCAAGAUCUGGGCGAGAAAGUCCGAGAUGAAACUCCAGGCCAGUCAGAUCGGUCUGGACAAGGACAAGAGGUCAGGUGGAGCAUCUUCGAAGACAGCGGGUAUGCACUACAUCGAGGACACCGAGGACAUUGACGACGAGCUCUACAUGGUGGAGGAGGCGCUGAACGAGCUGCAGGACGAUGAGAACUUCAACUUCGAUGAGACGGCCUUGGAAGAGGACGAUGUGCUGGAGGAACAUGAGGCUGCUGAGAUUCUCAACACCAUGCUGCAGGGACAGAAGUCUCAGAAGCGAACCUUCACUCAAAGCCUGAAGACGAAAAAGGCUAAGGAGCUUGCCAGAGGUUUUGGAAACUGGAAGGACCGGAAGCCAGGGUACUCCAAUGUCCAGGGAGGUCAAGCUCGAGGAGGCAAUCAACUACAUGCCACAGAGCGACUUCGUGGUGGAAACUAUAGAAUGUCGCUCGAAGAAGUCAAGUCCCGCACACGCUGCACCAAGUGUCAGCAAAUUGGGCAUUGGCACAAGGACCCCGAGUGCCCCAAGAACAAGCCGGCCAAGGAAACCCUCUUCUUGGAGUCAGAAGAAGCUAUCUUCUGCGGCUUGCUUGAACCGCAUGUCCCAGGAGAAACUGCUGAGCAUGGAGAUGCCGUAGCAGAUCCGGUGCCAAAGGCAACUGGAGUGAAGGUAGAGGACGUAGCUGCUGUACAGAGCGACAUGGGCCAGACCGCAACGGACCCAAUUUUUGAUCUGAACUCUGUGAACGAGGGCAACAAUUCCUCGACUCUGUCGUGGCAACGGAUCGUCGGGAAGCUGCUCUUCCUGCUGUGCCGAGUGACAACAAUGCUGAUGCGCUUGGUCUUUGCCAAGGUGGACCUCACCAGCCGCAACAAGCCCUUCAGCGUCUGGAAGAACAAGCACAUCGAGAUGGACGACACCGUGAGCGAGAUGAUGAACGAGAUGUCGGACCUGGAGAGCCUGCGGAGUUUCCAGCUGGUGUCGGAACCUCCAUCUCCGACUCACAGCCAUGCUCCGAGCACGACGAGUUCGGCCAUGACCAAUGUGGAGCACUACCUCACGCAGUACCAGAUCGAGAAAUGUGGAGAACCUCCUCUAUGUCAACACGGACGGGCUUGCCAUCUAUGGGUCACCAAGAAGGAAGGGCCGAAUCUCGGCCGAGUCUUCUGGAGAUGCCCGGAGAGCCGGGCCAAUCAGUGCAAGACCUUUGUCUGGUGCAGUUACCAGCCAGAAUGGAAGGAAGAAUCCCCAGUGAGGUCCCGCAGUCAGGAGUCGGCUACAACUUACAGCAGCCGGACCAGCAAGGGCAGAUCAACAGGAACCAUGUCGUCCAGCCGACCACAACGUCUGAACGACCCGAGAACAUGCCCACACACAGACACGGUCAGAACCGGGACCAAUGCCUUCGUGAUCAAGGAGCGCUGCCGUCAAUGCAACACCAUGGUGGUCGACCGCAAGAGGACAGAGGAGGAGAUCGACGAGAUGCACCAGAAGAGGACGGCCACUUCAUCGACUUCUUCGACACCGGCAACCAUCGAUGCGGAGACCGAGGCGGAGCUGAAGGCCUUCCUCCAGUGGCGUCAAGGCCGCGGACAGAGCUCAGGAUCGAAGCUGGAACGCCAAAUGGAGGCGUCUCUGGACCGAGCUCAUGGAGUCUGGUCGGAAGUUAUGAGUUUGCUUGCACAGAGUUCAGAAGAGUCUGAACAAACCGGCCUAGCCAAAUUGGCGAGUUGCUGCGGUGUACAGUCCUGUUCCGUUCCAAAGGCUAAGGUUUUGCUAAGGUUUGGUGAAGAGAUCGCUGAGACGGUUAUGUCGUACGGAGGUAUUUUUGUCUUCGAACACCCUCUCACAUCUAAGGCUUGGGAAGAACCAGAACUCCAACGACUUAUGCUGAAGGACAGCAUUUUUCUGGCAAGAGGUGAUCAAUGUUGUUUCGGACUUCGGGCCCUCAAUGGCAAGUUCUACAAGAAGCCCACUGGAUGGUGUACGAAUUCGGAGGCGAUCGCCGAGGCACUUGGCCAAACUUGCGACGGUUCCCAUGAGCACGAGCUGAUACUUGGAAGUGAUGCCGGAGGCUCCAGAUCCCGACAAGCUCAACGCUAUCCACAGGCUUUGAUAGACACGAUCCUGAAAGCCUAUCGGAAACAGCUCUCCAAAACGAACCUGGCCGUCCGGUUCUUUGACUCCCAGCUUUUGGCACGGGAACAACAGGUCUACUACAACUUCCUCACUGAGAUGCAGUACCAGCCUGAGUAUGACAACAUCGAGCCGGAGAUCCUUGCGGCGGAGCGAGAGGAGAGAGGAGACAACAUCCCUGAGGAGGGCGACAACAUCGACGAGGACGAGGAGCAGAUCUAUAAGAGGUUGCCACGAGAGAAGCCCUUUUCCCUGAAACAAUUGGUACGUCGAGCCCAUGAAGGUUUGGGGCAUCCAGGCAACGACAAGCUAGCCCGGAUCCUGAAGGACGCAGGGGCACAUCCCGAUGCGGUGAAAAUCGCGAAGGAGCUCGAGUGUGCCGUAUGCCAGCAACACCAGAAGCUUUUUGCCCCUAGAGCAGCAGCACCGCCCGGGAGUGGCACUUCAAUCAGGUAG